CACAGUGAGCAGACAUCUCUCUGACGGGAGUUCAAAUUUCUCUCUUUCUGAUGUGCGGGAUUAUUUGGGUUUCUCUUUGACUGGUUAAGUUGACAGCGCAAUAGGACUUUAUUAAUACAUGUGUAGUUUCGCUGCGAAGGAAUUGUGUGUAUUACAGAUAGUUUUCAGAGCUUGACUAUAGAACCAGUGUGGGAUUUACUGAGUGGAGAUCUGCCAGGGGCUCCGGCGCCCUGACGCACCAACGGAUUCCUCAGCUUUACGCAAUUACCGGAGCGCAGCUGUCGGGAGUCAUCGCCUCACGUUGGUGAAUCACUCACCGCGUUCACUUCCCGACCACGGCCGGUGACGGCACGCCGGUGUGACCAACCAUGCUGCAAAAUGGAAACGGAAAGGAACAACCGGAGAAACCGACUCAAGCGCCAAUGGCUGAGGCAGAGCCGGACUCCCCGGCUGACAACCCCGAACACCCGCAGCCGCCUGAGGUGUCCGCUGCCGGCAGGACGGACCUGGGCACCGAGUCCACUCACUUCCCCCUGCCCGGUCACCCCAAACUGGAGAUAAAGCGCAACGCAGUGACGGACGAUUAUAAAAUCUCCACUCAGGUGCUGGGUUUAGGGAUCAAUGGCAAAGUGCUGGAGUGCUUCAACAAGAAGACAGGAGAGAAGUGCGCUCUGAAGAUUCUGUACGACAGCCCCAAAGCCAGACGAGAAGUGGAGCUUCACUGGCGAGUCUCAGGAGGACCGUACAUUGUCCGCAUCAUCAACCUGUAUGAAAACAUGCAUCAUGGGAAAAAAUGCCUGCUCAUCAUCAUGGAGUGUAUGGAGGGAGGAGAGCUGUUCAGCCGAAUCCAGGCCAGAGGAGACCAGGCCUUCACUGAGAAAGAGGCAUCUGAGGUCAUGAGGGACAUCGGCACGGCCAUCCAUUUUCUCCACGACUUUAACAUCGCACACAGAGACAUAAAGCCAGAGAACUUGCUGUACACAAUUAAAGAGAGAAAUGCGGUUCUCAAACUGACAGACUUUGGCUUUGCUAAGGAGACCACGCUGCACAAUCCACUACAGACCCCAUGUUAUACACCGUACUAUGUGGCUCCUGAGGUUUUGGGUCCCGAGAAAUAUGACAAGUCAUGUGACAUGUGGUCUCUGGGCGUCAUCAUGUACAUCCUGCUGUGCGGCUUUCCUCCAUUUUACUCCAACACUGGUCAGGCAAUCUCACCAGGGAUGAAGAGGAGGAUCAGAAUGGGCCAGUACGAGUUCCCCAAUCCAGAGUGGGCAGAGGUGUCACAGGAAGCUAAAGAUCUGAUCCACCAGCUCCUGAAGACAGACCCUAAUGAGAGAAUGACCAUCGCUCAGUUCAUGAACCACCCCUGGAUCAAUCAGUCAAUGGUGGUCCCCUCCACUCCUCUGCACACCUCCCGGGUCCUCACAGAAGACAGAGAGAUGUGGGAGGACGUGAAGGAAGAGAUGACCAGUGCUCUAGCGACCAUGCGUGUGGACUACGACCAGGUGAAGAUCAAGGAUCUCGAUACAUCGAGCAACCCCCUGCUCAACAAGAGGCGUAAGAAGGCUGCGGCAGGGGCCAAGGGCGGGUCCACUGUCUGCCAAAGUCAGUGAGACAGAGACGACCAUUGAUGGGAAAUCCAGAAGAAAAGCUGGUCAGAAGUUGUUGAUUUAAGCAGGAGAGGAUAUUUCAGAGAGCUGCUCGGGACUCUACAGAGAACUGGACGUGGAGGGGGGUGUUCUUUGAGAUAAAGGGAUGACAGGAACAACAGCAAAGUCAAAACUGAACAUUAAUAGAACAUAUCAAGAUGUGAUAUCGACUGUCACCUCUGCUCACUGCAGGCCCGUCUGUUUUUAAUUAUCUUAUGUAUGUAAUUUUUUAGAUCCUGGCUGCAGACUCCAUGUAUUUGUAGGGAUAAUAUUUUGAGUACUUGAAUACCGGAUUGCCUGACACAUGGACUAUAUAUAAAGAUGAAUGACAUGACAGCUCCCCAAGCCAAAGCCACACAAUCUUUACCUGAUGGCUGGGUGCAGUAUGAGCUCCAUGUUAGUGGAUGGGACAUGGACCAAACUACAAAGAGAAAGUACACAUCAGAUAAAUUUGUCUCAAAGAUGAUGUCUGUUAUUUUAGGCCGUUCUUAUCACACUGAUGUUUGUUCAACCUUUCAUUUUUCCGGUAAGCUUGAUUUGAAUUAGUCAUUUGAUGCUGUAAAAACCGGGUGAACUGUCAUGAUUGACAGCUGAGACUGAAUCACGAUUGUUCGAGCAUGUGUAUCAGUGGGACCUCGCUACUCUGGCUCUGUCCUCUGGUCACUGCUUCACAGACUGUGGCUCCAGAUGUGCAGGAUAUUUUGGCAUCAUUUCUGGAUAGUGCGAGGAAGUGGGCCAGGUUGUCCAUCUUUAUAUAUAUUCUGAGGUUUGAGGUCUCCUUUGUAGCCAUGCACCAUUGUGCAGAUCACACACACAUACGCACACGCACACACACACACACACACACACACACACACACACACACACACACACACACACAGACAGACAGACAGACAGACAGACAGACAGAAACCCUGGACAGACUGUUGAACCAGAACACUCAAUACCGCGUGUGUUUGUCUUAACAUUGUCAGUCAUUUGCAGUUUCUUUUCAGGGAUUAAAAAGUCUGACAGAUUGUAUUGUUAAUAAAAUGCAGCCUUCAUUGUGACCUACAUAUCAA